AUGGCUGUAUCUGAGGCUGCAAAUAUCGUGGAGAAAGUGAUUGGCCACGAUGAUAACGCGACCAUCACCACCGAUGUGAGUAAUUAUCGGAAUGAAUAUGGCAUGGAAACUGGCCCCUUGAUCAAGGCCACUACCUGGCAAGGAAAGAACAAGGUCUCUGUGGUGGAAAUGCCCAAGCCGAGAGUCAUUGAUCCAGGGGAUGUGAUCGUCAAAGUGACCGGAAGCACGAUCUGUGGGAGUGAUCUUCAUCUAUACCAUGGCGUCAUCCCCCAGCUCCAAAAGGGCGAUGUGUUGGGCCACGAGUGUUGCGGUAUUGUUGACAGCGUAGGACCCGAGGCAACCAAAGUCAAGGCCGGUGAUCGAGUGGUAGUAUCUUUCCCGAUCGCCUGUGGCCACUGCAAGAACUGCAACAGAGAAUUAUACUCACAGUGCGACAAUACCAAUCAGAAUACUAUCAGUAAUGCCAUGUACGGCAACAGGACGGCCGGCAUCUUUGGGUACUCGCAUUUCACAGGCGGCUUUGCAGGUGGCCAAGCCGAAUAUCUUCGCGUGCCAUAUGGAAACACCAAUCUCUUCCCAAUCCCAGAUGAGGUCCCGGACGAGAAAGCACUCUACUUAUCAGACGUGAUCGCAACAUCCUGGCACUGCGUCGUCGACACAGGUGUUCAAAAAGGAGACGUCGUGGCUAUCUGGGGCGGCGGACCUAUUGGCCAAAUGUGUGCCGAAUUCAGCUUUUAUCACGGGGCCAGUCGGGUCAUCCUAAUUGACGGUGGCGAUGGUGCCUGGAGACUGGAUUUUGUGAAGAGCAAAGUGCCUCAACUAGAGACUAUUGAUUUCACAAAGCUUCCUAAGGCCGAGUCGGUCACAUCGCAGCUGAAGAAGAUGGUGGAUGGCGGACCAGACGUGGCGCUGGAGUGUGCGGCGGGAGAGUAUGCUAAGGGGUGGGCGCAUUACUUUGAAUUGAUGCUGGGUAUGGAGACGGAUAGUUCGGAGAUUCUGAAUGAAAUGAUCAUCUCUGUGCGGCCGUUUGGACGUGUGGGUGUGACGGGGGUCUACGCGGGAUAUACGAACCACUUCAAUAUUGGAGCCCUUAUGGAAACGGGCGUUCGAUUUAUCGGAAAUGGACAGGCGCCCGUCCAGAAGUACUGGAAAGAGCUUAUGGGGCUCAUCCAGGAAGGGAAAAUCAACCCGCUGGAUAUGGUAACCCAUCGUAUCCGCCUGGAGGAUAUGGAAAAAGUCUAUGCCGCAUUUGACCGGCGAGAGCGAGGCAUGCAGAAGGUUUUUGUGCAGACCAAGAAUUCUGCUCCCCGUUCUGCUGGGGCACCCACUUUGACCGAGUUAUAA